UGGCUUUGUGCUCUACUCGUUAAGUUGACACAGCCGGUUUUCAUACACUCCUCCACUGCCUUUUCAUGAUGGGGUCUCGGUUUGGACGCAUGUUUAGAAAUUUUAAUAUAGAAAAUCGUGCUUUUCGUGAAAUAGGGAAGGAAAAACCAGUGGCUGCUCCUCGACACCCAACUCCAGAGAAUACGUCUGAAAUCGCCCAGGAAGUCACACAGGAAAUCCAUAAGAAGAAUGACCCAUUACUGUCCUUAUUGAAGACUGUCUAUGUGGACUCAAACGAUCCGGCAUCUCAGAGUUUGGUGCCACAGACGGAGAAAGAAGAGGAGGGCGAACGCCGGCAAUUGAAGUUCAGUUUACCGGGUGACCCAUAUGGUAUCUGUGACAUCACAGAUGUCCCCAAAGGAAAACUGUCCAUUGUUGAAGCGCUUAAUGCACUCAACAGCCACAAACGUGCACCUCAGACAUGGACUCCGGAGAAAGUGGCCCAGGAGUACUCUUUAGACUUGAAGGAUACUCAGGGGCUUCUGACCUUUUUUGUCCCCUUUGAAGUGAAAAUACUACCACCCAAAGGGGGUGGUACCCAACAGAUUAAAGACACUUAGGAUCAAGGAGCGCCAACUGUAUUUAUGAGAUGCAAGCUAUGUCAAGGUUGUGAAUGUGCAUGGAUAUGUCGUGUUUAUUUUGAUAUUCUGAACACAGAACUAUAUCAUUAUUCUGCCUCAUAGUGGAGUACAAUUAUUUAUUGAUAUAUGAUAUACUGUCUGUAAUAAUAUGUGAUAUAGGUAAAAAAAAGUAUUUUGUUCAUUAAGAGUGAAAUGUUAGUAGUUUGAAUGUAAAGACGCACAAUACUUUGUAUCAAAGCCUGUUUGACCAGUAUUUGCUAAUGAAUUACAUCCUCUGAUCUACAGACAAUCUUUCAGUAAAUAUCUGUAAAUGGAAUUAUAAAUGCUUUGUUGGCCUUAAUCACUGAAUAGAUGUGCUUAGUAGAGACGAUAGAUGUGCUGCUCCUCUUGGCUUGAUGCGGUAGUGUUUCUGAGCAGUAAGCCUGGUGUAUGUACGCCAAUGAGCACAUGUCUGAUAUGCUGUUGGCCCUUCAGCAGCUCCGACCUGCCAAAUCACAGACUCUACAAGCCCUCUGCCCUGUGGUAUCUGCCUCCAAGAUGUUAGCACCUGAUCCUUUAAGUCCUGUAAGUGUGUGUGAGGUGGAGUCGCCAUGGAUCAGAUUGGUUCUUUAUCGUAUCUCACAGAUGCUCGAUUGGAUUGAAAUUUGGGGGCCGGGGCAACACUUGUGUGACAAUGUGUGCUGCAGGGCAGGGGCAUAGUCCUAUUCAUAGAGGCCACAGUCAUCAGGGAGUACCAUUGUCAUGUAUCUGGUCUGCAGUGAUGUUUAGAUAGUUGGAACAUGUCAAAAGUGCGGACAUUGACACCAAAUAAAACUUCAUUUCAAGGA